GAUGGCACUGAAAGUGGAGAGUCAAGAACUAAAUGAAAUGGAAGAGAAAUAUCAGUAUGGAAAACAUGAUUUCACAAAUGGAGAAAAAUAUUUUAGUUGCUCACAGACUGAAAAGACUUCCUCACAAAACGUUGCUCAAAAGACUGGAACUAGAAGUUAUUUCACCUGCCAACAGUUUGGAAAAGAUUUCAACAGAAAAACAAAACUUACAAAGCACAUGAAAGCUCACAUUGGAGAGAAGCCAUUCAGAUGUAAUCUGUGUUCAAAGAGCUUCAGAAAAAUGUACUACCUUAACAGGCACUUAAAAAUUCACUCUGGAAAGAAGCCUUUCACCUGCCAACAGUGUGGAAAGAGCUUCACUGAAAAAAGAAACGUAAAACUCCACAUGAGAGUUCACACUGGAGAGAAGCCUUUCACUUGCCAACAGUGUGGAAAGAGCUUUGCUGAAAAUGGACACCUUAAAGUCCACAUGAGAACUCACACUGGAGAGAAGCCUUUUACCUGCGAAUUCUGUGGAAAGAGCUUCAUUGACAAAAGAAAUGUAAGAAUCCACAUGAGAAUUCAUACCGGAGAGAAGCCUUUCACCUGCCAACAGUGUGGGAAGAGUUUCACACAAGCAGAACAUCUUAAAGGCCACAUGAGAAUUCAUACUGGAGAGAAGCCGUUCACCUGCAAACUGUGUGGAAAGAGCUUCACUGAAAAUGGACACCUUAAAGUCCACAUGAGAAUUCACACUGGAGAGAAGCCUUACACCUGCCAACAGUGUGGAAAGAGCUUCACUGAAAAUGUACACCUUAAAGUCCACAUGAGAAGUCACACUGGAGAGAAGCCUUACACCUGCCAACUGUGUGGAAAGAGCUUCUCUCAAAGAUGUCAUCUUAAAUUCCACGUUAGAAGUCACACUGGAGAGAAGCCUUACACAUGCACUCAGUGUGGAAGGAGCUUCACAACAAAAAUAAACCUCAGGUAUCACAUGAAAGUUCACACCGGAGAGAAGCCGUUCACAUGUGAUCAGUGUGGAAAGAGUUUCAAACUAAAAAAAUCCCUUAACUGUCACUUGAGUUCACACAAGAAGUGUGGAAAAAGUGUCAGCCUAAACCAGGGGUCAGCAACCUUUAUGUCAUGAAAGUUUACUAGUUAAUCCCUGUGCCACAACCUGUGUACCCCCAUAUGUAUAAAUGCAU